AUGGCGAAGUCGUAUACAGAAUCUUGCAGCGAGGAGGCGCUGUCGCUGCCUUUAUACAGAAAACGAGUUCCAGUGAUGGGUCAGAUCAGAUCGGGGAAGACCUACCUUAUCAACAGGCUGAUGGGACAAACUGACGAACCGAGCACUGAUGAACCACAGAUCUCUUCAGAUGCCCAAACCAAGUUACGGGAGAAGUCACCAGAUUCAGGAUAUACUUCAUUAGUGCGACCAUCGGCCAUUCCUGGCGGUUUUCUGGGGACUGUGAAGAGAAAAAGGGGACGAGAUGUAGGUUUUUCGGUGGAGGAUGAACUCAGAACUGCUGAAAACCCAAGUUUGUCUUUCUUGGAGUUCAGCGGUCAUGCCACUUGCUACGAGUCCCCCCAACGCUUGAGUACAUUCCAGGGAAUCUACAUCCUCGUCAUGUCUCUGCUGCAGAAACUGUCAGACCCUGUAUCGGACCUGGACUACAUGGCAUCUGUGAACAACUUAAGGACAGGAGGAGAUUACCUGGACUACUCACUUAACUCGAUACGAUCUCACACACUACAACAUGCCACUAGACAACGGGCAGAUAAAGCCACAACACAGCCACAGGUCCUCAUCGUCCUCACACAUAAGGACAAGGUCUCUAAGAGAUGCAUCACGGAGUACAAAAGGAAAAUACGCAGACUCAUCCGCAAGAAGGGCAUAGAAGAGCUAGUUUUGCCAGACAUAUUCGUGGUGGAUAACACUGAUAAACACUCUGUAUCCUAUGUUCGACGUUACUUCCUGAGAGUGGUAAGAAGCCAGCCCCAUAUGGUAGAAUCAAUCCCUUGGUCGUGGCUUCAUCUCAUAUCCAGACUGCAGACUAAGAUCAAAGAUCUGAACGGGGAUCCAGUUUGCAAGUUCCAGGAUGUCGCGAAAUGGGCUCGAGAUCCUGACACAGACAAGAGCAAGAUCACCAUGGUUCUGACUUUCCUUCAUGAUCGAGGUGACCUAAUCUUUUUUGACGAGCCCCGUCUCCGUGACGAAGUCACCCUGCAGCCGCAGGUGCUGAUAGACGUCUUUAAAACCAUCACCGCAGCCCCAAUGUACCAGCAGUACGGGCAGGGGAAUCCAGAGGUGACAAAGAUGUGGGAGAGGCUGACACAGAAAGGAAUCCUCAGCGACAACUUCCUGACAAGAAUCUGGGAAGAUCUGCGGUCAGGCAAACCAUUUCUGCUACGACACAAGGAAUAUCUGAAGGCGCUUCUGGAAAAGUACUGUAUGCUCUGCAACGCCACACCUAUCAGCGAUACUAGUGACGAGUCUCUGCCAGAAGAGAUGUAUCUCGUGCCUGCACUUCUCAACUGCAAAAGGGACAAUGCCAUGUUGUAUCCCAACAAAAUGGUUGUUUGUCCAGAGGCACUCUACUUCGUGUUCAGCGACAAGUUUCUACCCGGCGCUGGUGACAUGUUCUGCCAGCUACAGGCCUUGUGUGCACGUAGAUUCGGACUGGAAGAGUCUACCGUGUAUGCCGGAUGUGCGCGCUUUUCUACAGAUGACAGCAAUCAAAAUUUCGUCAUCACCAAAGUGAACCACUACAUCAAGGUGGAGCUUCUGUCGUCUUCUAACGUCUUCACGCAAGGUCUGUGUAUCAUGGAGUUCCUCAGUGGCGCCUUGUCAGAGAUCAAAGAGAAGUGGAUCCCUUGGAUCAAGUACGAGCUCUGUCGCUCUACAAAACAAGAGGGCGAAGGAGAGCCCACAUUCCAAACAUUGCCGGCAGAAUGUCAGACACUGACGCAGCUUUUGGGAAUACCUAUGACGUUCCACUCUGUUUGGAUGGAUGACAGCCACCAAUCUCAUCUUACAGAAAUAUUUCUGCACCAUGUCCGCAAGGACGGCGCCAAGCAGGCGCUCUAUCUGAUGGAGCAUUGGUUCCCCAAGACCGUGAAUGGACCGCUCCACUACCUGAUGCAGUUGGAAGAAACACAGAAGGCAAUCGGCAAACUGGACUUGGCUGCAGUUGUACAUGGGAUAUACAAAGAAUACCGGGAGGAUAUGCAGUUUCAAGAGGUCGAUCCAGAGUUGACCGAAGACAAACGCUGGUGCAUCCCCCUGCCAGGUGAAGGGAAGUACCUGUGCAGACGGACCGACCUGGGCGUGGUGACGCCCUACCCGCUACACGUGACCUACAAGAGUGCGAACUGGUCUGACCACACUUGGUCGCAGGAACAGGAACAGGAAUGGAUGCCUGUGGGCCCUUUCUUCUCCAUCAAGUGUCAGGUCGUUGAGGGGCCGGUCGACAUCCUGCUGCCUCAUGUAUUGUACAUAGAUGAUGCCUCAGAAAUCACCAGAGAAGACCUCCAAGUGGUGCACGUGGUGGGAGAUUCCGCCGAGUUGCUGCCGGUUACAGAACUCACCCCCUCCCACGCGGUCACCAGGUUCAAGAGAGGCAGUCUGUUCGGGGUGGUUGGAAGGACAAGAGAAGUAUCAAACUUAAGGCGGAGCGGCUUACUGAUGGCAUUUCGCUCCAUGGACAACUCAGACCUUUCCAAACUGAAAGUGUACCUCGUCUCCAACCACAAGACUGUGAUAAAGGCCACCAAGCUGGACGAAGAGGACUUGGACUAUAAACUCUGUGACACCAUGCCCUGCCAACUAUACAGAGGUCUUAAAUACUAUCUGGAAGGGAAUGUUAUAAAUGGUGAAGACAUUGAGGUGAAAAUAUCUCCAAAGUUCCUUACCUUCGAAGACACCAUCGACACUAACAUAGUGUACGCAUCGUUCCGGGUUGAAGUUAGCCAAGACCUCUGGCUUGAAACUCCCACCCGGCUGCACUUGCAACUUCUGGAGGAGACCGACAGGAACACACCUAUUUUAGACCUGAUACUUGGUCGCUACAGGGGACAAGCCGAUGGAACUGACAGUGGUCAUUCAACACCCACAAGGGAGGGACAGCCGGAUACACCGAUCACUUCAGUUGACGAGAAAGCUAUUUUCGACAAAGUCGUCGAAAACGUGAGCUACAAGUGGGAAGAAUUGGCUCGCAAACUGGGUUUGAAACGUGGCGAGAUCGAAACUAUUCGAGUCACAGAGUCAUUGCAUGGCCCCGAACGCAAGUGCAGAGAAGUACUUGAAAGGUGGCUAGCAAGAGACGCCGAUAAAGCCACUCUACAGGUUCUGAAGCAGGCGCUUAUCGACAUUAAAGAAGAGAAUACAGCACAAAGCUUGUGA